AGUUCGUUCCCUCCUUGGACAGAGAGAAGACCCUAAGGCUUCCUUCCCAAAGUGUGGCCAAAGUGGAGGAAAGCAGCCAAAGGAGACAGAGAGAGAGAGAGAGACAGAGAGAGAGAGAGAGAGAAGCCGCCAAAGCAGGAGGAGGGGGAGGAAGGCGGAGCUUCCCGGCGACGAGGAGAUUGAGAGAGAGGGAGAGGGAGGUUGCGCGCUCCCUUUGCAAGCAGUUGCCGCUUUUGGACGGAGAAUGAAGCCCGGGCGGAGGCGCCGGAGAGGCAGGCAGGAGCGGCCAGGGAGAGGCAGACCUGAUUUGUAAGCACCUGAGCAUGGAGCCCUGGCUGAACAGAACCAGCUGCUGAAGGGGCCCCCCAGUUUGGCUUGCAUAUUUGUCCCCCAUCCUUGCGUGAAGAUAAUAGAGGAAACAGACCUGCCCCUCCAGAGCCCUAUCUGUAGUUGCUUCAGGCUAGGAGUGAUCUCAGAGUUCUGCUUUGCCAGAAAAUCAUACAAAGCUGAUUUGUCCAGGAAAGGCUAUGAUCCUCUGGACUUAAAAUUUUUUCAAGGAAGGCUUUUCUUUCCCCAGAGUAGCAUAUGAACAGUCUUGGACCCAACUUUAUCAAGGUUAUUUUUUUCCAAAUCUUGAAGUGAUUGUAUGAGAUCGAGCCAACGAACGGAUUUCCCUGCACCUUUUUACUGCCUAGGAGGGUUGAUCAAGAAAGAGUCUUUACAUUCCCGACUGUGCUGUAGAAGCCAGAGUACCGAGGAAUCAAAGUAGAUGCUGCUGAACAUGAUGUGUCGGGCUUUGGAAAGGCAACGGUGUCAGUUUGGAAGAAUCAUUUAACAUCUGAGGGGCACUUUCAUGCCUGUCCUUCACAACAACUACAACUGUUCUUAUUUUUUGGUUAUUUUCCAGCACUUUUCCCCUUGAGUUUUUACUCCUAUCAAAAUAUUCUUUUCUGGAAAUAUAAAACCCAUGGCUGUUUGACAGCUGAAGAUAAAAGAAGAAGCAAGAGAGAAAGUGGGAAAGAGUGAUGUCCUUUUAUCUUCCUUAUUUUACAAAAAUGAGGUGCCUUUUGCUGGAGCUGACAUCUCUUCUACUACUGGGAGUUAUAUUUGCACAACGUCAAGUUACUGUUCAAGACGGCCCUCUGUACCGCACUGAAAAUUCGCACAUCACCAUCUGGUGUAAAGUUAGUGGCUACCAAGGACCAUCAGAACAGAAUUUUCAAUGGUCCAUAUAUCUCCCAUCGGCCCCAGAACGUGAGGUACAAAUAGUCAGCACCAUGGACCAAUCCUUCCCUUAUGCUAUCUACACUCAGCGUGUCAGGAGUGGAGAAAUCUAUGUAGAGAAGGUCCAAGGGGAUUCAGCGCUACUGCACAUCACAGAGCUCCAAGACAGGGAUGCUGGCGAAUAUGAAUGUCACACACCCACCACCGAUGAAAGAUACUUCGGGAGCUACAGUGCCAAGAUGAAGCUAGUGGUUAUUCCUGACUCCCUACGAGUGACCUCAGAAGCUCAGACUCUGAACAAAGUACAGCAUGACUCUCUGGAGUUGAAGUGUGAGAUAUCUAAGAGUACUGCACAGCACAGCCACAUUUCCAUUGCCUGGUACCGGAAGAAAGGAGACGAACCUGCUUUGGAGGUGAUCUCCCUCAGUCGUGAUUUUGUGCUGCGUGCAGGAAGUGACUACACCCAGCGGCAUGCCAGUGGAGAUAUCCGCCUGGAUAAAAUAGGAGAGACCCUUUCCAAGCUUACAAUCUACAACCUGCAGUCUUCUGAUGGGGGCGAGUUUUAUUGUGAAGCAGCCGAGUGGAUUCAGGACCCUGAUGGUACAUGGUACGCAAUGACCCGCAAGCGCUCAGAGGGCACCAUGGUCUAUGUGGAAGGAACUGUCAGUACUCACUCCAGUUUUGAUAUGGACAUCAACGUCCGGCUAGAGACAGAGAAGAGGACAUAUACGGUGGGUGAGCCAGUGGAGUUUAGGUGCAUUCUGGAGGUACAAAAUGUUGCAAAGAGAUACUUUUCCAUCUCCUGGGCCUUCAACAGUUCCUUGAUUGCUACCUUUGGAGCCAAUGCUGUGCCCGUCCUUAACAACGAGUUUGCCCAACGUGAGUCUCUGGGACAGCUGAAAGUGGCCAAAGAGAGUGACAGUGUCUAUAUCCUAAAAAUCUACCGACUCCGUUUGGAGGACAGCGGCAAAUACAAUUGUCGGGUGACAGAGCGCUUGAAGACAACAACCGGCGAAUUUAUUGAUGGAGAAAGCAAACGGCCAAAGAAUACACCCAUCACAGUCCUGCCUCUGAAGACCAAUAUUUCAGUGGAUGUGUCCAACAAUGCCACGAGCGUUCUAGAAGGGGAGAGCCUUCGGUUUGGUUGCAGUGUCCGCACAGGGUUUAGACCCCAGAACAGACUCUCUGUCACUUGGCAACUUGUGGACAAGCAGAACCGUCGCAGUGACAUUGUGCAACUUGACCGGGAUGGCACCCUUCGCCCUGGGCCCUCUUACGCUGAGCGCAGUAGCUACGGUGGGAUCCAAAUGGAGCAGAUACGGCCUGGGUCCUUCACACUAGAAAUCUUCAACAGCCUCAAGGCAGAUGAGGGCCAUUACGAGUGUCGUAUCACAGAGUGGACUCGUAGGCUUGAUGGGGAGUGGCAGAUGAUUGGGGAGCGGCAUAAUGGCUCUACGGUAUCCAUCACUGCACUGGAUGCUGGCUUUGCAGUUACAGCCAUCUCCCGUACACCUGGAGUGACUUACAAUGAAUCAUUUGAUUUGCAAUGCAUCAUCAAGCCACAUUACCCAUCAUGGGUUCCAGUGUCUGUGACCUGGCGUUUUCAACCAGCUGGCAGCACUGAGUUUCACGAUCUGGUUACCUUCACUCGGGAUGGAGGUGUUCAGUGGGGUGACAGGUACACUGGGUUCCGUACCCGGACUGCCAUUGAGAAAUCGGAGUCCAGCAAUAACGUGCGCCUGAGCAUCAGUAGGGCCAGUGACACAGAAGCAGGCAAGUACCAGUGUGUGGCAGAGCUCUGGAGGAAGAACUACAACAGCAGCUGGACACGACUAGCAGACAGAACCUCUAACCUGUUGGAGAUUAGAGUCUUGCGGCCUGUGACAAAAUUGCAGGUCAGCAAAUCCAAACGAAGCAUCACCCUUGUGGAGAACGGGCCCAUCCCCCUGAACUGCUCUGUGAAAUCUCAGACAAGCCCAGACUCCCACUUUGCUGUUUUGUGGUAUGUCCAUAAGCUCACAGACACGGAUGGAAGGCUCAUCCUGAAGACCACUCACAGCUCUGUGUUUGAGUAUGGGACCUAUGCAGAGGAGGAAGGGUUGAAAGGGAGGCUACAGUUUGAGAGGUCAUUGUCUGGGGGGCUCUUCAGCCUCACCGUCCAGAGGGCCCAGGUCAGUGAUAGCGGCAGCUAUUACUGCCACGUGGAAGAGUGGCUGCUCAACCCCAACCACGCCUGGUAUAAGCUGGCUGAAGAAGUCUCUGGUCGGACUGAAGUCACCGUCAAGUUGCCAGAUGACCUUUUGGAAGUGAACCAGAGCCAGAAGAACAUCACAAUUUUAGAGAAUGAAUGGGUGACAUUAGAGUGUUUUGUCACCAACCGGAGCAGCCACACUUCCCAGUUAUCGGUGGAGUGGUAUGUGUGGAAAUCUGGCCACCCGGAGAAAGAAGCCGUGGUCAAGCUGACCCGCCAGGCCACCUUGCUAUAUGGAGACCCAGCAGCCCUGAAUGACCUGAAGAGCAGGAUGCGCUUUGAAAGCCCCGCUACAGGCUUAUACCUGCUCACUCUCCAGAACAUGACUGUGCAGGACAGUGGGACGUACGAUUGUCGGGUGGAGGAGUGGCUACUGGAUCCCACAAAUAAGUGGUACAAACGGGCAGCAGAGCUGUCUGGGCUGACAACAAUUACAGUGAAGCAGCCAGAUGUCGCGCUGCAAGUAGAUACGACAACGGCCAACAUCACAGUGCCAGAGCAGGGACAUUUUCAUUUGGAUUGCAACAUCCUGUCACUCUCCAGUCGGGAGUCCCGCUUUGCUGUGACGUGGUUCAGCAUGAAGACGAAAGAGAGAGGUGGGCAGGCCAGUCGCAAGAGUGGAGAAGAGCGGGAGACGUUGUUGAAAAUCGGGCAAGACUCCAUCUUCAGCCGAGAAGCCAACUCCUGGGAAGGCAGGUUGCGCUUUCAGAGGCUCUCAGCAACAUUGUAUCGACUGACUGUGCUGCAGGCAGGUGCUGUGGAUACUGGGAACUACUCAUGCCGGGUGGAAGAGUGGUUGCCUAAUCCCCGGGGGAUGUGGUACAAGCUUGCUCAAGAGGACUCUGGCCCUACAUCAGUUUAUGUGCAGGACACAGGCUCUUCUCUGCAGUCUGUCAUCUGCUCCAAUGACUCCCUCUUCUACUUCGUGUUCUUUUAUCCCUUCCCUAUCUUUGGCAUCCUCAUCAUCACUAUCCUGCUGGUACGUUUCAAAAGCAGAAACUCCAGCAAGAACUCGGAAGGCAAGAACGGGGCGCCCUUGCUGUGGAUCAAAGAACCGCACCUAAACUACUCGCCCACUUGCCUGGAGCCUCCUGUUCUCAGCAUCCACCCAGGGACUAUAGAUUAAGCACAGGAGAUGUCGAAAUUGAGGUGAUGAUGCACCUGGAACCCAAAGGAAGUGUGUUUUGUUGUCCUUUGUAUUCAGCAUCUGUACUUUGGAUCCCAGCUCAGCUCCACAGUGGGGUUCCUCUCACCUUUUGAAACUAGAGGAACUUAAGCACCCCAAAAUGCCUGUGAAGACCCAUCAAAAUUGCUAAGAGGGAUGUAAGGUCCAUAUUGUUCACUGUAUAUACUGGGUUUUCUUAUUGGAUCCCUCGUGAACCAUGGGUUCUCUUCAUUUGCCCUUUGGACUGUAAUUCUGUUGCUCAAAGGUGUAUUCUUGUAUUAUGCCGAGGACAAUCCCCAGAGUGUACUGAUUUUGAUGGGGCUCCAGUUGUGCCAAGGUGGGGCACAUAAGUUUGAAUAAGUUUGUUUUUGAUUAGUUGAGCUCGUCUUGACAGCUGUUGGUACUAGAAAAGAGUCAGAAAGAAUUAAGACUGCUUGCCUGCUGAUUCGAAGGAGAGAGAACCAGAACCACUCCCUGCCAAGCACGAAGUGGUGACAUUUUUAGCCAAGUUACAUAGCAACCCUGCUGCAGCUUCCAUCUUUUUCCUGUUUUGAAGACUAGUUGGUUUUGUUGCAAAAAGGUUGGCUUUUCUCUUUCAAAAAGGUUGGCUUUGCCUUUGGCGUCAUGGCUAAAUUGUCCGAGCUGUGACAGUCUGACAAAAGCUUGUAUGGGUCAAUGAGGCAGGAAAUUCUAGCCUUGAAGCCCCAACCCAUCAUUGCUGCCUAUACAAUUCUCUUUCCCUAGAACACCAUAUGGUUGCACUCUUGCAUUUCAUUAAACCAUACUGCCCUCCUUUGGAAAGACUGCAGGGACAAAAACCUGAUUCUGAAAACAUUUAUAUUGACCAAAUCCAUGAUUUUGGAAGUGGGGAGAAGAAGACCACCUUGUUGGGUGGUGAAUGGCUUUUUAAGGAUGCUAGGAUGUUGUAACACAGGGCAGAGAAUGUGUGGAUGUACUAAUUUUGAUUUCACGACAUUUUCAUGUUUGGUUGCUCUAUCUGUUCAAAGAAACUGACAUCCCAAGCAAGAGAACAUCUGAAUGGGUUUCCCUUCCUUCCUGUUUCAUGCGUGUGCCAUUUUGUUACUUCGCCGGUUUAAUUUUCCAGGUGCAGUGCUCUUCACUUUCACCCACUUCGCCCCCAUUCACUACAGCCCUGCAAGCACCACAGUAGGUGGACACGUUGGGGCCAAAAUGGCUGUUCUUUCUGUGAAAGACAAGGAGUUACCAAAAUCGGGGCUCAGUUCAGAGUGAGUGCCUACUUUCCACCAAAGGAAGCCAACUGCUUUCUCCUGCCGCACAGGAAGUGCUUGUGAAACCUGAUGGACUGACUCUUACACUCCUGACCCUAGCUGCUGGCAAAGGGAAUAUAUUUUCUAGAAAAUAACUGCUUGCUGUCUUCCUAAAAGUCUUCCUGGUACAGCUUGUCAUUAUCUUUUUCAUAAAAUGGCUGGCUCUUAUGAAGGGGACUGGGGGUGUCAGCCAUCUAUGCCAGCGUAUUCUGCUGCCUGGGCAGGAGUGGGUGGGCACCAAGUGGAAGAGGCCAGUGGCAGCACUCUUCUCGAAGAGUAAAAAUAUGGUUACAGGUAGAUUUGCCCCUGUUUGGAGCACUCUGGAGAUGAAACACAUUACCUUAAUCAAUGGUGCUUUAUAAGUGGCAAAAGUCCAUGCAGAAGUUGUUUUGUUUUGUUUUGUUUAUCAAUAUGCUCUGCCAGGAGAGGGAUGUGCAUGUUCAACUCACUCACUCUAGGGCUCAAUUCAUUGUAUUUACGGUUUUAAAAAACAUCUCCUUUCCCCAUAAAGGAUGAUUUUGUAGCAUUCCAAUAAAGCAUCCAGAAUGUACCCUGGACCAAA